UCCUCCGGAACUGCUCAAUCCCCCACGAUCGCCACCGCCGGAGGACCUGAAGGAAAUGGCCGCGAGAUCCGACGUUUCCGGCCGAUCGCCGUUAACUAGACGCCAUGGAUGGAGGAUGUGAGUCGCUCGCUUCCCGUGUCUCCCACGGAAACCUCGUUGCCAAGCGUCUCGUCUUUUGGAGAUCAGGAGUCGUUCCUGAUCUGAACUAUUGGGUUCCUCGAUGAGCUGUUGAUUGCGAUCGUGUUCUUCUUUUCCGUUUAUCUGAUCCUUGUUUACUCUGCGGAUCGUAUAUUUGGAGUGCCGAUGUUGUAAUUGAUCUCCGGUUCCGGCGUCAUUACCUCGAUUUGAUGUGGUGAGACGGAGUGUUGCUAACUUCCAGCUUGUAACAAGGGAGUGGUCCUUCCAUUUUGGUCAAAAUCAUGCCGUUUCCUACGAAGAUACAGCCGAUCGACGUAAUAGCGGUGGGGCGGAGCGAUCUGGCAAAGCCGGUGCAGAAAUCACGGCUGAAGAGGCUGUUCGAGCGGCAAUUCCCCAGCGUCCUGAGAAUCUCGUCGGCUGAGCGCCUCGCUGGCGGCGCCGAUCUUGAGCUGAGCUCCAUCUGCCUCGACAAGAUGGUCCGCAAUUUCAUGGAGGACAACAACGGCGAGCAGACUUCCUACCGGAGCGGCCGAAGCCGUUGUAAUUGCUUCCAUGGCAACUGCCGCGACAGCUCCGACGACGACCUCGACUUACUUCCCUCCUCCUUCAACUCCGGCGAUCCUCCGAUCGUCUCCGCGGCCGAAGUCGUUAAGGGUUUGGUGGUUUCCGCAAGCCUUGUGGAGCGGAAUCUCUUAGCGGAUGCGUCCAGCGUUGUGGAGAAGAACAAGAACUGCAAGCGAAAAGACGAGCAGAUGAAGGCCGUGGCCAACGGGCUCCGAUUGCUCGGAUAUGAUGCCUCCAUUAGCAAGUCGAGAUGGGAGAAGACCCCCUCCUUUCCCGCCGGCGAGCACGAGUACAUCGACGUGAUCGUCGCCGGCGACCGGCUGUUGGUGGACGUGGAUUUCCGGUCGGAGUUCGAGAUCGCGCGGUCGACAAAGAGUUACGCCGCGGUACUCCAGUCUCUGCCGCCCGUCUUCGUCGGGAAGGAGGAUCGGGUGGACCAGAUCGUCGCCGUCGUGUCGGAGGCCGCUCAGCAGAGCCUGAAGAAGAAGGGCCUCCACUUCCCGCCCUGGCGGAAGCCAGAGUACAUGCGCUCCAAAUGGCUCGCCCCCUACGAGCGAUCGACUCCCCUGGCGGAUCCUCCGCCAGCAGCCCAAGCAGAAGAGACCGGUGAAUCGGAUGGGAAAGCGAAGAGCGAGAAGUCGGCGGAGGGGAAGAGCUCGGCAGUACUGGUGGUAUCGGCGGCGUCGGCGUGGGAACCGCCGGAGGUGAAGCCCAAAGCGGUUCACGAGGGAGCGAAGGUUGUGACCGGCCUGACUUCCGUCCUAUCCGAGAAACCUUGAUUUCCUUUUGUAUUAUUGUAAUUAUUUUCUUCUUUAGAGUAAAUGCUUAAAAAAGGGAACCUCCGUCGUCCCCCUUCUGAUCUUCUAAAAGAGAGAGGGGUUUGUAAGAAGAGACGUCUUAUCACUAAAUUAGUAAUAAUAAUUUCUUGUUUUGUCA